GGUCGGAGGGUGGUGGUGGCGGCUGCGGUGGAGGAGCAGGAGGUGGUGGUGCUCACGGCUCCCCUGGCGACGGAGGCGGCAGCAGCGGCCUGGCUGGGGACCCCGAGGUGGCGGAGCUGCUCAGGUCCAUUGCGAGCGACCCGUUCUGGGGUAUCCGCUGGUCCGAUCUGUCCCCCUGGCUGAGCACGCUGGUGGGCACGGGCAGCACGGGCCAGGUGUUCGCGGGCAUGUACCUGCACGCGGAGGUGGCCAUCAAGGUGAUCGGAAUCAACCGGGACAUGCGGUUCGACCUGGGGGCCCUGCGCGCCUUCAAGGCCGAGGUGGACCUCAACAAGCGGCUGAACAACCACCCCAACAUCGUGCGCUUCAUCGGAGUGUGCGCGGACUACAUCCAGCAUGCAGCCCGACAGGCGGGGCUGCUGCAACCCAACACAUCCGCCUCCUCCGCCUCCUUGAUGACAGCAGCAGCGGAGGGCGAUGCUGGUGGUGUGCUUGGGGGCGGGCCCGAAGAUGGGAGUGCGUCGGGGCUGUUGCCACCCGGGGGGUCCCGGUUGUCCCAUCAUCACCCCCACCAGCACCACCAGCAGCAGCACCCCCGGUCUGAGGCGAUGUUGGCGAUCGUGAUGGAGUACUGUCCGCUGGGGACACUGUGGGGCAUGAUUGGGGAGGCCCGGCGAGCUCAGCAGGUGCUCAGCUCCGCAGCCGCAGCAGGUGGCGGUGGCGGAGGGGGUCGGGGCAGCUUCACCAAGCACGGGUACGACUUUUACAAGCGCUGGGAGCGACGGUUGGAGGUGCUGUGCGGCGCCGCUGCGGGUCUGGAGUACAUGCACCGCUGCGCCGUCAUACACCACGACUUCACCUCCUACAACCUGCUGCUGGAUGAGCGGAACGGCAGGUGGAUCACAAAGGUCUGCGACUUCAACCUCAGUCGGGUCAUGGUGGCCCGCACCCCGCCCUCCGCCUCCUCCUCCUCCUCCUCCUGCCUCACGGUCCCCAACUCGGGCGCCAUGACCUCCCCCCGCUGGCAGUCGCCCGAGUACCUGGCGGGGCAGGAGUACGGCUGGAGCACCGACGUGUUCUCAUUCGCAGUGGUGGUGUGGGAGGUGGUCACCCUGCAGCAGCCCUGGGCCUCCGAGCUAGCCCACCUGCACAAGCACAUGGAGCCCUGGGUGAUCCGAAACGCGGUGACGGCGGGGCAGCGGCUGGCGUUCCCGGAGGCGGGGGCGGUCCGGCCGGAGCUGCCGGAGCUGGGGCAGCUUGUGGAGCUGUGCCAGGCCUGCUGGGCGCACGACCCGCGACGGCGGCCGCGCAUGGGGGAGGUGGCGGAGCGGCUGCAUGGGCUGCUGCAGACGGUUCGUCAGCGCGAGGAGGCUCGACGACGUGAGGAGGCCCGACGGCGCCACGAGGCCGCCCUCAACCCGCCCCCCGCACCCGCACCCGCCCCGGUCCCGCAACAUGCAGCAGGCCCCGCAGCACCGCAGCACCCCCCGGCGCAACCCUCACUGCCGGGCCCCCACCAGCAACAUCAUCAACACCUGCAGCAGCAAGUGCAGGCGCAAGCGCACCCCCAAGCGACGCCUGGGGAGGGCCUCAUAACCCAACAACAACAUCAGCAGGGGCAGCAGCAGCAGCAGGGGCAGCAGCACGCAGUCACUGCAGGCCCCCCACCUCCCCUUCCUCCUCCCUCCCCGCCCCCACUGGCCCCCCCGCUGGUGGGAGCAGCGACCACCCGCAUGUCGCCCUUUGCCCGCACCUCCACCACCACCACCUCCACCACCCUGGUGUCUCCCUUCGCAUCGCCCUUUGCCGCCGCGGCUCCCUCUGCUGCUGGUGCUGGCGCCGGCAACCGGGAAGAUGCCUAGUUCCGGAAAGGGUGGGAGCUGCUGGCAACUUGCCGGCAUUGCUGCAGGGCUGUAGAGUAACUACUAACUAGUAGUAGUAAUAAAAUUAGUACUAGUCGUAGGAUUGUAGGAGGAGGAGGAAAGGAGGGCGGCAGCCAGCUUAUGGCCAUGUAAAAGCCUAGAGCGGUAGGCAGGGGCGGACUGGGGGGAUGCAUGGGUGUGCAUGGGGGGGGGACCCAGCCGUCAGCCCCCGCCCCUGUGCACUGCCGCAUACGUCCCUUACGCGGCCCCGUGUCCGUGUGAGCGCGCGUGGACACGUUAUGUUUUCUCCCCGUUCGGCCGCCGCCAUGACAGCGCAUUUCCAUCUGUCGGAAUGCCGCUAGCGUGAAUGACAAGGGAGGGCCAAGGUGCUCUCUCUUUUGUAUAUGGGUAGC